GGAUCGUUAGGUAACUUUAUCGAGUGACUUAAAUCUACCGGGAAGAAAUUGAAACAUCAAACGGAAGCAAACGUAAUUCUGCGGAAAAGUUCAAGUGGCAACGUUCAGAUUUGAACAAAAAUUACGGAGUUUUCUCUUGUUGGUUGAUUUGCAAUCCAAUUUCUGUGAUUCCUGUGAACAUUGAUCAGCGGGAGAAAUUUCCCUACCGGAAGAACAACGAACGGGAAUUGCACAGCAGGAGCUGUUCGGGACCGGAAGCCAUCCGUCAGCAGCAGUGUCGGUUCCUUCGCACAUGGUUCGGAACUUUCCCAUCAGAGCGUGAUGAGUUUGGUGAAAAGCCCGAACAAACCGAUUCCCCGGGACAAAUGGGGCAAGGAUAUCGAGUUUCUUCUGUCGUGCAUCGCCCUUUCGGUGGGAUUGGGUAACGUUUGGCGGUUCCCAUUCACGGCCCUGGAAAAUGGUGGCGGGGCCUUUGUGAUACCGUAUCUGAUCGUGUUGCUCCUGGUGGGUCGUCCGAUUUACUAUUUGGAAAUGUUGAUCGGACAGUUUUCGAGUCGAGGGGCGAUCAAUGUGUAUGACUCGAGCCCGGCCAUGAGGGGAAUCGGCUACGGGCAGAUCUAUUCGACGUUCAUCGUGAUGACCUAUUACGCAUCGCUGAUGGCUGUCACUAUGAGGUACUUUGUGGCAUCUUUCUCGAAUCCGUUGCCCUGGAGUGAGUGUCAAGACAGCUGGAAUGCAACUUGUGUGGAUUCGCGCCUCGCCGUCAACAACCUGGUUCAGAAUGGAACGUCCUACGUCAAGAAGGUUUCGUCCGCGGAGCUGUACUUUCUCAAAGAGGUGCUCCACGAGAAAGAUUCCAUUGACGACGGCAUCGGAACACCCAACUGGCAACUGGUCCUGUGCCUGCUAAUACCGUGGACCUGUAUUUGUCUGACUUUAAUCAAAGGAAUCAAAAGCUCCGGAAAAGUGUCCUACUUCCUGGCCAUUUUCCCGUACGUGAUCAUGUUCAUCCUGUUGAUAAGGGCAUGCACCCUGGAAGGAGCUGGCCGAGGAAUGCUGUAUUUCAUCAGUCCCCAGUGGAACCGGAUUUUGGAAGCCAAAGUUUGGUAUGCUGCCGUUACGCAAGUGUUCUUCUCAUUGACUGUGUGUUUUGGAAACGUUAUUAUGUAUUCUUCGUAUAACCGGUUCACCAAUAAUGUCUACAGGGAUGUCACAAUCGUAUCAAUUCUGGACACUUGCACUUCAAUGUUAGCUGGGCUAAUCGUUUUUGGAGUUAUUGGUCACCUAGCACACGUUAUGGAUGCCCCGGAUAUUUCAAAAGUUGUACGAGGAGGAGCUGGGUUAGCCUUCAUAACCUAUCCGGAUGCCAUAGCCAAGUUCCGGUUCUGGCCACAAUUCUUUGCCGUGGCCUUUUUCCUUAUGCUUUUCGUACUGGGCAUUGGAAGUAACGUAGGGAUGGCAACAACCAUUAUGACCUUAGUGAGGGAUCGAUUCCCGCACCUGAAACCGGCACUGGUAGCUUUCGUUAUAGCAAUUUUCGGUUAUGGUAUCGGGAUCAUCUACACCACUCCAGGAGGACUCUAUUUGAUGGAUUUCCUAGAUUUCUACGGAGCCUCGUUCGUAGCCCUGAUUCUGGCAGUUUUCGAAAUGAUAAGUUUCGCUUGGAUCUACGGAGUUGGUCGAAUUUGUCGAGACAUUGAGUUCAUGCUUGGGAUCAAGACUGGGUUGUAUUGGAGAAUUUGUUGGGGUUUCGUUACACCGGUCAUGUUGAUUGCGAUCCUCAUCUAUCACAUUUUCACCUACAAACCCUUUACAUUCAAUGGGUAUGUUUUCACCACAGGGAUGUACGCUUUCGGUUGGUGCGUUUUUGCCGGUGGUGUUCUGCAGCUUCCGGCCUGGGCCAUCUACACACUUCUGACAAGGCGUGAGGCAACCUGGAAGGAUCGGUUGCUAAGCUGCUUCCGGCCUACGUUCGAUUGGGGUCCGGAGGAUCCGGAGCUAAAUGCUAGGUAUCACGAAACGGUUGCCAAAUACAGGGAAUCACUGCCGCCGGAUCGGAGCUUAUGGCGCAAACUGGUAGACAAUGUGUUCCACUGAGGGAUGGUAUUUUUCUUAACUAACUCAAAUAUGAUUUGAUUGGAGAUUUUAGUAUAUUUCUUUGAAAGUAAGCAACAACGAUGGUAACAUAAUAGAUCUUAUUUGUGCUCAGUUCAACUCUACACGUAUGAACAAGUUCCGAUUGGAAAAGAUCAGUAUUAGGAAAUUUUUACUUCUAGGAUAUAAAAAAACAGAUUCUCUAAACUAGGAAAAUAAA